AUGAACAUCCCAAUCGCAGCCAACGUCCUCGGGACCCUCGGCGCAGUAUGCUGGUCAAUCCAAGUGCCCUCUCCCCCUUCCCCCCUCCCUACUCAGGGGGCCUUUCCCUCCCGUCUGACUACCUACCUAACAACACCACAGCUCAUCCCCCAAAUAAUAAUCAACUAUCGCCGGCACAACACCGAGGGCCUCCAGCGCUCCAUGAUGCUGCUGUGGGCACUGGCUGGCAUCCCACUCGGCGCGUACAACAUCGCCGAGAACUUCAACGUCGCGCUUAAGAUCCAACCGCAGAUCCUGACGGUGUUGAGUCUGAUUACAUGGAUCCAGUGUUUUUACUACUCUUCUAAAUGGAGCGUUUCUAAAUGCAUCCUCGUAGUAUGCGCCAUGGGCAUCACAUUAGGCGGCGUAGAAGCCGGGCUCUUUUUCGCGCUCUCGGACGCCGAGCACAGAGGCCGGCACUGGGCCGUAACGCUCAUGGGCGUUUUAUCGACGGUGCUGCUUUCGGCGGGCGUGUUGAGGCAUUAUUGGGAUAUCUGGGUGCAUAGAACAGUGCGUGGAAUAUCCUUUAUAUUCGUGGGGAUCGAUGCAGCCGGUGAUGUGUUUUCUCUGGUUUCUGUCUUUUUUCAGCCCAAGCUUGAUAUAUUAGGCAUGGUUAUCUACGCGACUGAAUUCGUGCUGUGGUGCGGCGUCUUUGCGUGUGGAGGGUAUUUCAACCUGCUUCCGUGGGUCAAGAUGAAGGUCAGAGAGAGAGAGCAAAAGAGGGAACGGAAUGGAGAUUCUGAGGAGCAAGUGCAGGUGGAGGAGGAAGGGGCUUCGCAAGGUGUAGAGUUGAAUGGAAAUGGAAUUGGUUCCUCGACUUCUGUGUUUCGGACGCCGAGUUCUGUGGCUAGUGAACGUUCACGGGUUUCUGUUAGGUUGGCUCAAUGA